CCCCCUGCUUAUUUUUCAUUGGUUCCUUGUAGCUUAAACUGCAAGCAUGUUCAUAUGAGUGAACUUCGUUAGCUUCAUGAAAUAAACUACAAUCGACAAUCAACAGGGAUGGGAGAGCCUCCUGCGGUGAGCCCUCAGCAGCUAACAGGAGGCGAGGAGUGACGCUAAAAGAGGCAGCUGGGAUUGCUCUGGGAAAUGAAGAAGUUAUUCGGCUUUACGAAGAAAAAGAAGAACUCAUCUGGAACCUCUGACAAUGUCAGCGCUCUCUCUGAUGGCUACGACCUGAAAGACAAAGAUCUGGGCAAAAUCCACAAAGCUGCCCUCCAGGCUGACUUGGCAAAGCUGAAGCAGCUGCUUAAGAAAAAUGAUGUCAAUCAAGUUGACAAGGAAAGCAGAACUGCGCUUCAUGUUGCCUGUGCUACUGGUCAUGCUGAAGUGGUGCAGCUCCUUGUUGAUAGCAAAGCCAAGCUUGACCUACGAGACAAUCAACACAGAUCCGCCUUAAUGAAGGCUGUUCAGGGCCAGCAUGAGGGCUGCUUGACUAUAUUGUUGGAAAAUGGAGCCAGUCCCAAUCUAGAGGACAUCAAUGGGAACACAGCCCUCCAUUUAGCAGCAAACAUCCCAUCGCUAUCCAUGGCAGGACUGUUGCUGCACCAUGGGGCCGAAAUCAACGCUCAAAACAAGGAGGGCUUCACGCCGCUGACCGUAGCAGUCCGUGAGGACCGGUUAGAAAUGGCCGAGUUUCUCCUGAAAGAGACGGCCGACGUGAAUUCUCUGGACCGAGAACACAGGUCUCCUUUGAUGCUCGCUGCCGGCGGCGGGCAACACAGGAUGGUCAAGCUUCUCUUGCAGUUCCAGCCAGACGUCACGAUUCAGGACGACAAAGGCUGGUCAGCUGAUGACUACGCAGUAAGAAAUGGCCAUCACAGUUGUUGUCUAUUGAUCACAGAACAUGGAACCAAGCAGACUCCUAGAGCCUCCGUCUCACAUCCAGGUCCAAGCAAGAAGAAAAACAUUUUGGCUUUUCCUUCCCAAGAUGUUGACACAAGCUUUUCUUUAGGAGGACCAGCCACUAAUAAAGAGCGUGGAACAAAUGGAGCAGGGGGAGAUUUGGAAGAUGAUUCCUUGUCAGAGUCAGUUAGUCGAGCUUCUAAAAGUGCGAAUGAUGAGUGGCCUUCAACAGAGGAUGAGGAUGAUUCUGCAGAAAAGAAACCAUCUAAGAUCAGCCAAAUAUUUGGAUCUAAAAUGGGAAAAGCUCCUGUGCUACCCGAAAUGUCCCGGAGUGACACAGAAUCGGAGGAGGAAAGUGAAACUGGUGUCCAAAGAAUCCCAGCCUCUCCUCAGCACCCAGUAGAUCUCCCAGCCGUUUCCUCCCUUCUUCCCAAAUCACCCUGGAUGGCUUCUACUCCUCUCCCAAGCGCUAGAAAGAUUAAUUAUAUAUCGGAGAAAAGUGACAAAGCAGAGGCAGAAAACACGGAUCUCAACAGACCCGAUGGAGCCCAAAGCUUUGCCCGGCCAGCAACACUAGAUGUUGCAGAGGACUGCAUUGUUUCUGCCAUUAGGGUGGAAUCUAAGCUGUCUGAUGAAGACGAGGAAUGCAUGAAGCCAUCACAUCUCCAAAUCAAUCCAAAUCAAUGUCCAACAGAAAGAUGGGUCCGGUCAGCUGGCAGGAUCAAAGAUGUAGGGUCAGACAGAGAAACAGGAGAUGAGGACAAGGAUUCCUUGAGCGAUAAGCAAAACAGUGCAGACAGCCAUGAUGAUCAGGGAGGCAAUGAAGCAGGGGGAAUGGGCGGCAGCGCUUUGAUCGCUGUUCCAAGAUCGCUGUUAGCCAAGGUCGGAGAAAACACUGAAUCUGAUGUGGAAGACCAUGGAUCGUCAGAGAGGGAGCCUUUUAAACGUAGAUCCUCAUGGGGCUCCUCGAUGGAGGGAAGUGACGCCGACGAACCUGAAGAGAGGCAGGCAGAUGAUCACGUCCUACAACAAGAACAGGAUGUUCCAGCACUGGGAAAGCAGCUGCAAGCAGCUUCUUUACCUCCAGAAGUGGAGCAGCAUGCUACCUCAUGGGAGUCUUCCUCACCUCUAUCGCCAUCUGCUAAACCAGGUCUGCAAAGUUCUCCUGAGGCUCGAAUCAAACCAGCUGCAGCAACUGCAGGUGAAUCUGACUGGGAUUCUUCUGAAGCCGACAACCAAGAAGAUCCUGGUGCUAAAUAUGACGCUACCUCAGCUGAUUCUCAAGCAGCUGCUGAGGCUCACUGUAAGGUGAAACAAACGCACCAAUUCUCCUUGGAAGAAGAGGACAGACACAGGAUUUAUAAAGAAUCCAGUGACCCCUCCCUGGUAGCACCCGAGAAUGAAAGCCCAGAACAGGCAGCGUUUGAGGACGGAGAACCAGCAGCGUCUUUCUUGAAAAUGGAAGAAAGGUUUGAUUCUGAAAAGGAGGAAGGGGGCAGCAGUAGUUGGGAAGAUGAAAGUGCUGAUUCAGAGAAGCAGCUAACGUCACUUCCAACUGAUGUCAAUUUGCCGUCACUGAACCCCGAAGACGGAACGUCAGUCGAUGAGAAAGACGCCAAAACAGACUUUAUUCAGGCUGAUGACAACAAAGUGAUUCCCUGCUCCCUUAUUGAUGGACGUUAUGAUGGCAAAGAUGAAACCAAAGCUCAGGCAGAACAGAUGCAUGCUGGGAAAACCCAGAGUAAAGACAAUUUUCGCUCAGAGCUGGGUCUGACCACAGAGGAAGAAGAGGAAAGUCCAUGGGACUCUGAACCCAACUCUGAACUUUCCAACAUACCUCAUAAAGAGGAGCAAGAUCUAGAUGGUCUAAUUCUAGAAGAAAAGCCUGCUCUUCAGGAUCCCCUCAAAGAAAAUAUGUUUUACAUUCCUUCUUUUUUAAGAGGGAAGGGAUGCAGUAGGAUGGCAGAGGUGUGUGUAGGCACGCCACAAGGCAGCCAGGGAGAGGCUGGAAAAGACGGUAAACAUGAUGUAGGGGGGGCCGCUGAUAAAGACGCUACACUACAGAAAAAGAGUGAAAGUCCAAAACGGGAACUGCGAAGAAUUUUCAGCAAACCUAAAGAAGAAAUGGACAUCGGGGAAGAGCUCGGCGUGGGAGACGUCGAUGAUCUGGAAGAUGGAUCAGACUGGGAUUCUACCAGUAUUCCCAGUAAGGGGGCCUUGCCUGGGUCCCCUGAGCUCAAAGGGUUUCAGGAAGAUGCUAAUUCUUCUGGUAGCGAACAGAUUGAAGAUGCUGCUCCUGCCGGCACACCAACCCAGUCCGCUCCUCAGCCCCGACCUCGUGCGAGGAUGAGGAUCCCUCAGAAACCGGACAGCGAGGAAGAAUCAGAUUCAGAGCCAGAGAAAACGGCAGGCUCUCAAAAGAAGUCUUUGUCUGACAAUCCGCUGCAAAAUGUUGCUGAGCAUCUGGCAGGUUCUGCUGAGCUCUCAGUGACGACAGGAAAUACUGAAAGAGGCUUAGACUUUGAAGACCAACAAGUAAAGGACAACAAGGAUGCAGAAGGUGGAUGCGAAUUCAGUUUGCAAAACUUAGGCCCCGCAGGCUCUGACACUGAAGAACAGGACGAUGAUGACCUUAAAGAAAAGUCUGGUGGAGAUAAACCCUGGGAGAAGCGCUACGAGAACCUCUGGGUGGAGUUGGAGAAAAAGGAGGUCAAAUCCUCCUUUAAGAGUGUCGCUGGGGAAUUAAAAGAGAAGUUUGGAGAAAUGUUGAACUCAGGGAGUCUGUCAGAAAAGGCUAGCCCUGCAUCCAGCUCUGCAUCCAGUGAGGAAGUGGAUGAAGAAGUCAUUGUUGGACCUGCAGCUAGAGCGACAUCUACUGUUCUGCAUACCAGACAGGAGGGGUCCGCUUUAGGGCCCCCUGAUCACUCCAUGUGUGAGGAACGGUGGCAGGACUGUGAUCAGGCAGUUCGGGAUCAUAAGUCCGCUCUACUCACAGCUGAUGUUCCAGGCGCCUCUUCAUCACAGCUCAGCGCUGCCCAGGAAAGGGAAGAGCAUUUAAACCAAAGGGAUGAAACCAAAACCCAACUUCAUGAAGCUGGGAGGAGCAUUUCACCUUCAGGGUCUGAGCCGCCUCAUCAUCUAGACGUCUCCAACAGAGAAGGACACGAUGAAGAGGACGUGGCAAAGUUUACCUCUGAGAUCACCAGCAAACCAGCAGCUAAACUAGAGGAGGGAAAGCCGUCAGCCUCCUGGGAUAGCAGUGAAACGGGGGGAAAACCUGAGACCUGCGCAGGAAGCCGGAUGGAUCGAGCUGAAGAAUGUGAUCAGGAAGAGCAGCUUUUUCCUUCAAAAAGGUUGUUGACUAGAAGGCAGCAGAAAAGGAAGAUGCAGAAGCCUGAAGACAUAGACACAGCAGAUGAUUUAGAUGAGCUGACCGAGUCCUCGGACACAGCCACAGAUGACAUGGACUCGCCCACCUCAGGCUACCGUCACGCCUCCCUCCUCAUGCAGAGGCUGACUUCAUCCACUUUUGACUCAACCAGUAUCACAAAGCUGCAGAACAUUUUCCAUGAGUAUGAACGCGCCAUCGAAAAAGUGAAAAGCCGCCAUGGGUAUCUGGAAGAGAAGGUUAGCCACCUGGAAAUGGAAAGGGAGGCGCUAAAGGGCUCCCUGGAGGAGGUUAAAGAUGCAAAAUCUCUGCUGGAGCGCAACCAGUUAGAACUGCAGACCCAAGUCACAAACCUGAAAUUUCAACUGAAGCAAGAGCAGGAAAACCGUCAUAAUGCCACCAUGAUGUACAACGCUACCAGGGACAAGCUGCGGAGGUUGGAGGAGCAGCAUCAGAUGGAGGUUCAGGAGAAGCAGAAAGUGGAGCUGACACUAAGAAACGUGGAGCUGGAUAUGAGAACGCUGAUCAGCAACGCCAAACAGCUGGAAGAGGAGCACGCCGAGACUCAGAGGCUGCUGGCUCAGGAACGCAGCACACGGGCCCUGCAGGAAAACCUGCUCAACAGUCAUCUCAGAAAGCAGCAAGAGAUGGAGGUGGAGAACAAGAGAAUCAUCAGCAGCAGCAGUGAGGCUUUGUCUCAGCUCACAGAAGCCAGUGACAGAGAGCGAGAGCUUCUCCAGCAGACGGCUUCGCUGCAGGAGCAGCUGUCCAUGCUGAGGAUCGAUCUUGAACGAUCGCAGGCAAACGGCGAGCUUAAAGAGAGCCAUCUGCUGGAGGAGAAAGAGACGCUGAAAGAGCAGCUGGAAGACGCUCGGCGAGACCUCAAAAUCAGCAACGACAGCGUAGCCCAGACCGUCUUCACCUGCAACAACCAGCUGGCCGCCCUCAAGGCAGAGCUGGCAAAAACGGCGAGCCGUAUGGAAAACGAACGCCAGGCCCGUGAGACGCUGGAGGCAGAGGUGGAGUCGACGCGCAGCCGCCUGGCCGGGGCCGUGAAGGAGGCGGAGCUCCGUCUGGCGGCUCAUUCAGACUCUGAGAAAACUUUGAUCUGNNUAAAGCAGCCUGUCCUUCUGUUAUUUGACCGCCUGUUUGUUAACUGUUUUAAAGGUGAAUUAGCCUCCCAGCGUGAGGCAGUAAGCAGCCUGUCACAGAAGCUGGCCAAAGCUGAAGCUCGUGCAAACAGCAUGGAGAACGAGGUGCAUCGGGUCACUCUGCAGCUAACGGAGAAAGGUCUGCUGCUGGACGUCCUGCAGAGAGAGAAGGAGCAGGCGGCGACUCGCACCAAGGAACUAGAAAACGCUCUGCAUGCAGAGAGGGAGCAGGUCAGCCGUGCAGCGGCGCGCCAUGAAGCAACGCAAGAACGGCUAGCCCAAGCCCAGAGCGAGGCCAUGCUGCUACGGCAACAACUAGAGGAGGCCAACAACAAGGGGUCUGCAAAGGAGCGUGCCGUCACAGACGCCCAGGAGCGCUUCACAGACAUCCUGUCCAAGCUGCGCUCUGAUGGCGAGGGGAGGGUUCAGAUGGUGGAGGACAGAAACAAGGAGCUGGCUGCCAAGGCUGCAGAUCUUCGUGAUCAGAUUUAUAAGUUAGAGGAAGAGAAAAAUGAACGAGAGACCAGCAUGAGGCAGCUGCAACAGGAGCUAGCCGACUCUCUGAAGAAGCUGUCAAUGAGCGAAGCCUCCCUGGAGGUCAACACACGCUAUCGCAACGACCUGGAGGAGGAGAAAGCUCGGCUCCUCAAAGACAACGACCGACUCAGAGGAAAGCUUGAUGAAAGCGAGGAUCAGUACGUUCAGGCAGAGCGACGGAUCAACAGCCUGAAGAGCAGUCUGGGCGACAGGGAGAAGGAACUAAGCAGUGCAGCUCAGAAACUCCAGGAGGCGCUGUCUGCCGCCGCUGCUGCCGAGCUGACCGUCAAACAGCUUGAGGGCGCCGUGCAACGGCUGGAGAUCGAGAACGCCCGACUGGAAGCUGCUGCAAAGCAACAGGCCAAUAAGAUCGAGGUUCUUCAGAAAGGAGCUCAGGAAGCUGCUAUGGUGCGAGGCCGUCUGGAAGACAUGGUAACUAAUCUCCAAAGCAGCAAAAUGACCUUAGAGGAGCAGCUGAACAAAGAGGUCCAAAAACAAAGCAGGUUAUCUCACAGCGCUCAGGAUUCCCAGACGCUGUGGGAGGAGGAGCUGAAGAGCCGCUCUAAGUUAGGCCUGCGUCUGGCCGAGCUGGAAAAGGAAAAGGGAGAGCUCACCUCUCAGAUGGAGAUGGAAAAGAAGAAAGCGAAGAAAAUGGCCGAGCAGAAGAAGGCGGCCGACACGCGCCUCGAUCAGGAGAUGAAGAGGAACAUGGAGCUUCAGAAAGAAAUGUACAGGCUACGCACUUUAUUGAAGACUGCAAAGAAGAAGCUGCGUGAUCAAGAUGGCGGUGGAGCCGAGGCGUCCUCUCUGCGGUUGGAUCAGGGCCGACCGGCUGACGCCACCUUGGCAUGGAUGAAGGAAAAGGUGGAUGAUCUGCAGGGACAGCUGGAGAAGGAAACGUCUCAUCGUAACCAGCUAGAGAAGAUCAACGAGGAGCUUAAGGAUCAGGUGGCGUCCCUAAAAGGAUUGGGCCGUAGUCACGAUGAGCAGGAGAGAAGCAAGAGGCUGCUGGAGGAGGAGGUGUUGGAACUGAGGCGCCGACUGGAGGCCAAUCAGAUCCAGAGGGAGCAGCACCGCCGUGAGAUGGAGGAGAAAGCCCAGCGGGACCUUAAAGACAAACUGGAGCAAGUCAACCUGUUCCUGCAGUCCCAGGCAGCUUCUCAAGAACAACUAGACCAGCUUAAAGCUGCCAACGAGGCCAACCUGCGCACCCAGCUGGAGCAGAGGAUCCAGAAGCUGGAGGCGGAGCUGGGCCGGGCCCGCAGCGGUCAGCUGGAGAGUCUGAACCAAAGAGAGUCUGAGCUAGAGCGCUACCGACAGCUCUACAAUGAAGAGAUGCGCCAGCGGAAGUCCCUCGCUGCUAAACUGGACAGGGCCAACAGUCGGCUCUCAGAAGCUAACUCCAAGCUGCUCAGCGAGCGCAGCAGGUCUUUCCUGGCUAACGGGAGCCCGGUGCGUCUCUCCCCAGCGGACCCCGGGGCCGCCGUCGGGUCCCUCAACAGGAGCUUUGGUUUUCCCCUCAGUCCUGUGACAGAGCGCGGGGUGGAGGACUACCUGGCUAAGAUGCAGAGUGAGUUGGAUAAAAACAUAUCGAAAGAACUGAGCAAAGCUGCAGCAGAGCUGGACGCCGCCUCCGUCCGUCUGUCUCCUGUGGGCUCGGCCGGCGCAGCCGAGCUGGACCCCCUCAGCAGAGCAACGCAGCAGUAUUUGGAGGUGCUGAAGAAGAACCGUAGGAUCUAACUCCAUAUUUUAGCUGCCAACCAUCAGAAACUAAGAAGAUUUUAACCCAUGUUUGGUUUUUUAUCUUGUGUCAUGAAAAAAAAUCAACUUUAUUGCACAUUGAGGGAGGAGUCUCUGAACAGGAACAAU